AGCCUCAGCCAUGCCCAUGCUCGCGCUGUUCCUCCUCUGCGUCCUGGCAACCGGGCUCCGACCCACCUCUGCAGCCCCCGUGGGGAGCCUGGAGCCAGCGCAACAUGAGGAGCUGACCCUACUCUUCCACGGGACCCUGCAGCUGGGUCAGGCCCUCAACAGCGUAUACAGGGCCACAGAGGCACGGCUGACAAAGGCUGGGCACAGCGUGGGCCUCUAUGGCCACGCACUGGGGCUUCUGGGGCAGGAGGUCAGCCGGGGCCGGGAUGCAGCCCAGGAGCUCCGCACAAGCCUACUGGAGAUGCAGGUGGAAGAAGACGCCCUAAAGCUUCAAGCAGAGGCCACAGCGCAGGCUCUAGGGGAGGCGGCCCGGGGACAGCAGGCGCUCUGGGAGAGCAUGCAGCGGCUAGAAGUCCAGCUGAGGGGAGCCUGGCUGAGUCAUGCCCAACAAGAAUUUGAGGCCUUAAAGGCCCACGCUGACGAGCAGAGCCACGUCAUGUGGGCCCUCACAGGCCACGUGCAGCGACAGCAGCAGGAGUUAGCAGCACAGCAGCACCGGCUGCGCCAGAUCCAGGAGAGACUCCACACGGCGGCGCUUCCAGCCUGAGCCUGCCUGGGUGCAACUGAGGACCAGUCACACACCGAGGGACCCUUCCGUGCCCCGUGCGGACCAUGCACAAGGAGCCGCCUGUCCGCCACAGUCAGCCAGGGGGCUUCUGGCCAGGGAGCAGAGACGGAACGGGCGGGGACACAGGCAGAGGACGCGGCCCCAUCGUAGAGCCGUGGAGGCAGGACACGUGACCCGUUACGCGUACCCUCCCCCCAUUAAAGCAGAGUAGUGGUAUCUCA